AUGGCUUCUUCACAGACCGACGACAUGCAAUGGGCACCGUCCCCUGUGCAUCACUUUGAUCGGCUACCGUCGAUGGACGUGGAUUACGGGACGCAUCGCAACAAUCAUAUGCAGGGCGAUUCUAGUUUUGCUAGCACUGGCCUGCAACACCCACCAAUUUCCACAAACUCUUCGGGAAGUGGCGGCGGCGGCUGUCCCUAUGCACAAAACAGCUUACGAUUCCCCCGCUCCCAGGCCCCUCCUCUAAUCAGCAGCAGCAGCAGCAGCAACAACAACAGCAGUAGCAGUAGCAGCAGCUCUACCACCGCCACCAACACCACCAACUCAAACCAAAACCAGCAGCAGAGUUCUAACCUGGAUUUUCUCUGCCGGCCCUCCUCGCUGUUCUCCGGCAGCAGCGUCAGAAACUCUUCGCUACCGGACCCAUUGGGCCUAUCGUAUCGGGUACAUGUACCUUCCAAUCUAGGCAACUCCUCGGCCAACAGCAGUGCCCCCAACAAUUCCAUCUCCAACACCAGCAACAAUACUCCAUACGAUCCGGUUCACCAUUCUUUGUCGUCUCCGUCCAGAUUGACACAACAACAGCAGCAGCAACAACCACCACAACAACCACCACAGCAACCCCAACAACCAAACAAUCAAAAUACGCACAAUCACCAUCACCAACCCCACUACAACCGUCACCAAGUUGCUCCCCCUAAUCAUCCAUCAACCUUCCCUUGGGGUCCACGAUCCUCGCUACCUCCUCAUCCUCGAGGCGGUAGCAUGUCUGGAGUUUUUUGCCCCCCUCAACUGCCACCACCGCCACCUUUGACAUCUGAUCCUUGGGCCUCAGGCAACUUGGGUCGAGGCAACACACUCGGGCACCCAUACCAGCACAUGCUGCCUCAAGGAGCUCACUACAUGUCGACGCCAAAUCAGCCACAUUUUUGGCACCAGCAGGGUUCUCAAUCCCAACGUGCCGUACAUUUCAGUGCAUCCUCAACCUCCUCCAGAGCACCCUUGACUUUGGCUUCUCUCCCACCUCUUGCACCCCGCAACAUGGCCUCCAAUUCCGCAGGCUCGAGCAACACUUCCGCUGCUGAUGCCACCACGACCGCACCGCACAUGUAUGCCUCCCCCGUCUCGUCACCGUCGUCAUCCAUCUCAAGCAUUGCUACCAGCCCACCGUCGAGAGAUCUGCGUGAGCUACGACACGUCCCGCGAGACCAAACACCAGACACUCAAGGAAUGUCCCAACAGCCACAGUCCACCGCCCGUGAAUCAACAUCAAACACCUCAGACGCGCCGGUAGCUGCGGGUUCUCCCCAGAGAAGGGCUCGACCCGAGUCUGGCAUUUCCAACGGCAGCCCGGUCUUGGACCCGUCUCAAGCUGCGCUGGCCGAGGACGAGGAGCAUUUAGACAUGCCAAUGUCGGACGAGGACCAUGACUACAGCGAUGGGGAUUCGAACGAUUCACACAUCCAGGAUAUGUAUGUGCACCAACUGGGCGCCACCGCUGCGAUGGCCCAGGCCAAUCGAGAGGCAGGCCGCAGAGAGGAGCUGGAAGCUCGUCGUGAGGAGCGUAUUCGUCAGCAGCAGCUGUUCCGAGGAGCCAUGACGAACAAGAGGAUAGCUUCCAGGACGGCGAUUUCUUCUAUGGAGAGCGUGGAUAUCACCAGCCUUCCUGAGCUGGAGCGCACUUGCGUCAUUUGCUACAACGACUUCGGCGUCCCAUCUCCCGAGGGGAUAAGCGAGGCUCCGUUGAGACUCCCCAAAUGCAAGCACGUCUUUGGAGAUCACUGCAUCAAGAAGUGGUUACAGGAUUCAGAUACUUGCCCGUACUGCAGGGAUAAGCUGCCAUCGGAAUCCGUGGUUAGCGUGAAUAACAGGUCACUCAAUGCCUAUCUGGGCAUGAACGGUGGUGCCCCUGAUCCCUCUUGGUUCCAGAGCGACCAUGACGCCGUGAACUUGACCCACGAUGCAUUUGUGAGGUUGUACGGCCGCCAGAUCGUCUCUAACAACUCAUCAGCAGCUCCCAGAGCUGCACCCAUGUCCAACAGGCGACCACCACCACCUGAAGAGCAAGCAGAGCUUCGCCAUCGACGCAGGUCUCGCUAUGCCGCACCCGUCAACAAUCGAAGAGGGCAGGCCAUUUUGUCUGCGCACAUCGGCGAGCCGAACGCAAGCGGCACACGCCACGAAAUACCACGGUCGAAUUCACUAUCUGGGGCUUCUGAUCCGUCGGCAUCGCAGCGUCCAAUGUCGGCUCUUCAUUCUAUGAAUCACAUUCCUCAAGAGUGGCAAAGACUUCACUACAGCUCUGCAAGGUCUUCAUCAUCGAACAUGGCGACAGGCGGCCAGAUGUCAACUUCCCAAUCCACCGAGGCAGGAACUACCUCUAGCGACGGGAACACAACCGGGUCGGCCAGCGGGUUGAGUGCUCCUGAACCCACGUCUGAUGAGGCAUAUUUUGGUUCUGGAGGUCCAUUUUCUCAGCAAUUGCCUCAGCUGCCAAGGCUGGACAUCCGUGGGCUUGUUGGUUCAAGCUCAGCCAGUCCGGCUUAUCAAUUCUGGGAUGUACAUGGGUCACGAUAGACGAAUGGUGAUGUACCGAUGGCUGGACCAAUAAGCAGCGUGCAGAAGUGCAUGACGACGACUCUGGAUGUAACGGGCGAGGUGGUAUUGUUGAUGUCAAGGGGAUCAAGUCAAAGCAUAUUUCAGCAAUUCAGGGUUUGACUUUUGUUUUGCCCUUUCCUUUUUUUUUCCUUUUCCCUCUCGGAGUUAAUUUUGCAUUUUCCAGCACACUAAGGAGUUUAUUUGUCGGGUAUGGUGUUUACGGUUAACCGCCUUGGCAUCUUUCUUUGGCUUGGGCGUUUCACUUUGAUCGCAUAGACUUUUUAACACGGAGGGCACAUGAUUUCUUUUUAGUUCAUUUCAUCUUUUUUUUACCCCUUCUUUUUCCUCUUUCUCUCUCACAGUUCCCCGACGAGAUUGUUACGCAUGUAUAGGGACUGGGUUUAGGUACUGCAUCAAGUCAAGGUUUUACGAGCUAUAUCAGUGCUGCAUCAUUUGGCUUUUUCUUUUUUUUUUUCUCGGCAACUUUAGGCAUUUUUGGAUGCAUGACAAUCCGCUCUUUGGCUGGUAAAUAUUCAGAGUUGGCCGGUCAUUAAUCAGUAGUAAUAUGAGUGCACCAGACCAGGUCGAAUCCCUACCCUGGGCAGACCAUUUUCAUCUCACUGAUCAGAG